AUGUCGACGGCAUCCUCACGUUCUCGCGGCUUUAGUCGACGAUUAGAUAGCGACAGCGGCAAAAGUCGGGGUCCCCGUUCUCGAAAUGUUUCCGUCACUCGAAAACGGCCUGUCAGUCACAAUGAUGCGUACUUAUAUGUUCUUCGAGUAGCAUAUCUUGCCUACCUUCUCCAAAAACGUCCCCGUCGCACCCAGAGCGUACCAAUUCCCCGCCAACGAGCUCACAAAUCAUCAGCUUCCAUAAUAAGCGAUCUAAGUUUGGCCAAAGAUCACAAGAGCACGAGGCUACCUCAUGGCUUUGUGGGUCGGCUAGAAAAUCGAUUGACUGGAGUAUUUAAGGGGAUCGAAAAGGAAAAAGCUUACCAGGAUGAGGCUGUGAGGAGAACAUUUGCGGCGUUUUUAAAUGAGCUGAGGGAGCCGGGCUUCAACAAGCGCAUGAGAGAGGAGAGGCGGGCAGAACCCCUGGUCUUAAUAUUCUUUUCCAAUGCGACCAAAGAACUCUCCAAGGGCCAAGCACCAGAUGAUACCAACUGGAAGCUUAUGGUUGAUAGGCAUGUGGCUCUCUUUGUGAGGAUCAUCAGUUUGAUUCUCAAAGACCAAGGCUGGGACAAGGAUAAACCUGAACUGGCUAGCCAACUUUCUAUCUUGGAAACCAAAUUGCUUGCGCAUGAUCAGAAUCUUGCGCAGGCAUCCCCAAAAGAUGGAGGAAACGUAAUUACCGAACUCGUGCCCCUGAGCUAUAAAGUCGAAGAUAUGCCAUUAGUCCAAGUUGUGGCGAAAGUGUUUGGACUAAGGAAUUCAUAUGUCCAGUCAGAUAUAAACAAGUAUAAAGAUGUAUGGACUGCGAAGGCGGCUCUGCAAGACCUUAAAACGUACCAGCCUGAUGCGUCCCAUGACUGCUCUGAUAAUCCAAAUAUUUACACAUUCAUUCCCCCGGAUCCUCGGUCGUUUUACCGUUUUGUACUCCUCCAAGUCGUAAACCACGAGCUGCAAGAAAGAUCAACCAAUGAAUCAGACUCGACCUCGGACUCGCCACCUAAGACUCUUCUCUCGAAGCAAGCUACUGAUCUGCUCAACGAAAUAAGCCUUCGUUGGCGAAUACCAACAUCUACGCGUGCUGUAUUGUUCCUUGAUGUUUUCCGAGAGAAAUAUGUGGAACAGGAAAUUGAUCUUGACACUUUGGAUUCCGCAUUCAUUUUUGUUAACCAACCUCCGCCGGAGAAGUCGAAACGUGGUAGUAACUUCAUAGUCUCAUUGCUCUCAAACAGGGAGAAUUGGACGCUCGCUGAUUUUAGUGUAAUGACACACCUACUUUCCUCUCUCCACGAGGCGCUCCUUCGGCAUCUCUAUGAGACGAUGAUGCACUGCUAUGACACCAAGGUCCCCUCUAUAGGUUCAGUCAUGUACAUCCUAGAAAACUACGUCGAAGCUGACCCUAACUUUGUUUCCAAACCGGACGACUAUGAAAAUUUUCGUUCCUAUGUGUAUAACGGAUUAGUGAACAAAGCAAAAGAGGUUUACCAAGAACACCUCGACAAGGAAAUACCUCCAGAGCAAAAUGUGUGGGAGUUUUAUCAUGUGGUGCAACUCGGGAAAGCCAAAUGCGUUCUUCCAAUGUUCGCGGAGGAUGCACGCGACAUCAUUACGAGGAUUAUACAACAAGCUCAAGAUAAAAACGAAGAGAUUGGCAUGCAAGAUGGCUUUGACUUGUACAAAGAAUUGGCUCAAAUACGCCAAUUUUACACAGAAGUUCUCCCUGGCUUGUCCGUCGUAGACGUUUUCCGGUCGUUUAACGAAGUGAUUAAUCAAAUUGUGCAACUGAAUUGGGACGACGAUGUGGGAUAUGCUAAGUUUAUGACUGCUAUUUCAAAAUCUAUCGGGAAAGGUAUUGCGAGAUAUUGCGAAGUUCUUGAACUACAAUUUAGUAGAGAAAUGGAUCGCCUUACCCCAGAACAAGAAGCAUCUCUAUCGCAAUCACGACAAGAGAAAUGGAUGCAAAUGGCCAAGGAGGCGUGGAAUAAUAAAGAAAAGAUUGAGCCAUUUCACUUUUUCCCGCAGUCCUUUGUCAAACUGAAUAAUAUUGAAUAUGCUCUCCAUCAGUUGGAUAAGCUUGAGAAAGACGUCAAUGUCGAUGCUUGCGCAGAUGUACUUGCAAAGAAUACGCCUCCUGCUUUACAGCGGCCACGGAAGGUUACUAACUAUGUUUUUACUGUUAAAAUUGUUGAGGCAGAAGACCUGAAGGGAUGUGACAUGGAUGGACUUAGUGACCCUUACGUUUCCUUGGCCGAUGAGUCCCAGCGUAUUUUCAAGACUCGCAUUAUCUAUGACAAUCUUAAUCCCCGAUGGGAUGAUAGCGUGGAUAUCAUUACGAAAGGACCCCAGAACAUUAUUGCAACUGUCUGGGACUGGGACGCUGUUGGGAGCCACGAUUAUAUGGGGCGCACUUCUCUCAAGCUUGAUCCCGCCCACUUUUCAGACUUUGUCCCAAGGGAAUAUUGGCUAGACUUGGACACGCAAGGCCGAAUUUUGCUUCGUGUGAGUAUGGAAGGUGAACGUGAUGAUAUCCAAUUUCACUUUGGUAAGGCAUUUCGGACUCUCAAGCGUACCGAACGUGAGAUGACCCGGAAAACAACAGAGAAGCUUUCUGCUUAUAUAAACCAUUGUCUUUCUCGCCGUGCUCUCAAAGCUUUGCUGUCGAAAGGCAUUACUAUGUCAACUGUUUCCAGCUAUUUUAAUAGGAACAAAACAUCAACCACUUCAGGUCCGACGCCGGCAGAAAUAGAGGGUGCAUUAGACACAUUGUUCACUUAUUUUGAUGACAACUUUUCAAUUAUGAACCAAACGUUGACAGAAGAAGCCAUGAGAACGGUCAUGGCUCGCUUGUGGAAAGAAGUUCUAGUAACCGUGGAAGCUCUUUUGGUUCCUCCGCUAUCCGACAAGCCGUCUAACCAACGGCCGCUCACCCAGCGAGAAGUUGACGUCGUCUCUCGUUGGCUCCUCCUGCUCCUCAACUUUUUCAACGCCGUCGAUGAAGAAACCGGAGAAGCAAACGGCGUUCCAUUAGAUAUCCUUAAAUCACCGAAAUACCACGAAAUCCAAAGUCUCUUCUUCUUCUACUUUGAACCCACCGAUAGUUUAAUUCGAACCUCAGAACGCAUGGCAUCCUCCACUGCAGCACGACAGCAAACUAACCGAAACCGGCUGUCCACUACGUCCUCAUCAUUGAGCCCAUUUUCGGCGAUUGGUGGUGCGGCUGGUAUUCCGUCUGCUCGCCGAGGGAAAAGCAUCAUGCUGUCCCGUAACUUGGGCACUAUGAGGAAAGCCAAGGAGGAAAAAUGGCGAGAAGCACAAGCGGAACCGAACGAUGAUAUGGUUCUUCGAAUUCUGCGCAUGCGACCGGAGGCGCAUACGUAUAUUCGUGAUCGCAGUCGACAGAAGGAGAGGCUUGCGACGGCUGCAGCUGCAGAUUUAAUCGUUAAACAAAGUUUAAUGGCUGGCGGUGGAGGAAGAAUGAAGGGAGGGGUUGGACAGGCCGGAUUGCUAUUCUGA